AUGGCGACGACUGCCGUAAACAAGGAUACCCAUCCGUUCUCGAAGCCCCAGUUCGAGGCUUUGCUGAACCGCAGGUUCUUCUACGCCCCCGCUUUCGAGAUCUACGGCGGUGUGGCCGGUCUGUACGAUUACGGUCCCCCGGGCUCCUCUCUCCAGGCCAACAUCAUUGCGGAAUGGCGCAAACACUUCAUCAUCGAGGAGCACAUGCUCGAGAUCGACUCUACCAUCAUGACCCCUGCCCCCGUAUUCGAAACAUCUGGACACGUCGCCAGAUUUGCGGAUUGGAUGGUCAAGGACACGAAGACAGGUGACGUUUUGCGUGCCGACCACCUGGUCAAAAAUGUGCUUGAAGCACGGCUCGCUGGAGAUAAGGAGGCCAGGGGCCUUGCAGCGCAGCCGCCAAAGGAGGAGGACAAGAAGAGAAAGAAGAAGAACGCGAAGGCCGUCGCGGUUCAGCUGGCGGACGAGGUGGUGAAGGAAUACGACAUCAUCCUGGCUCAGCUCGACAACUACUCUGGCCCUGAGCUCGGAGAGCUGUGCAUCAAACACAACAUCAGAAAUCCUGACACCGACAACGAGGUGGGCGAGCCUCAGCAGUUUAAUCUCAUGUUCAAAAGCAGCAUCGGUCCCACCGGGCAACAUCCUGGGUACCUGCGACCCGAAACCGCACAGGGUCACUUCCUGAACUUCUCUCGCCUCCUCGAAUUCAACAACGGACGGGUCCCCUUCGCCUCCGCACAAAUCGGCCGCUCGUUCCGCAAUGAAAUCUCCCCGCGCGCCGGUCUGCUGCGCGUGCGCGAGUUCACGAUGGCCGAGAUCGAGCACUUUGUCGAUCCCGAGGACAAGCGGCACGAGCGCUUCCGGGAGGUGCGGCACGUCGUUCUGGACCUGCUCGACCGCGACGUGCAAGUCGGCGGGAGCACGCAGAUCACGAAGAUGAGCGUCGGCGACGCCGUCGACAAGGGCAUCAUCGCGAACGAGACCCUCGGAUAUUUCCUCGCGCGCAUCUACCAGUACCUGGUCAAGAUUGGCAUCAACCCGAAGCGGCUGCGGUUCCGCCAGCAUAUGGCAAACGAGAUGGCGCACUACGCGACAGACUGCUGGGACGCGGAGAUCGAGAACUCGUAUGGGUGGACAGAGUGCGUUGGCUGCGCGGACCGCGCGGCGUACGACUUGACCGUGCACUCGAACAAGACCGGCCACCCACUCAUUGUUCGCCAGGCGUUGAAGGAGCCUAUCGUGACAGAGAAGCUCGUCGCCGAAUUCAACAAGAAGCUGCUUGGGAAGACGUUUGGUAAGGACUCUGCCGUGCUGCAACAGAUGUUCAGUGCAUAUGACGAGGGUCAUUUGGAGAAGAUUCAGGGUGAGCUGACUCAGGGCGCUACCACGGUGGUCACCCCUGAAGGCAGACAACUGGAGCUGACCGCGGAUGUAUUGAGUAUAGAGCGGAAGACGUUCAAGCAAUCAGUCCGCGAGUAUACCCCCAACGUCAUUGAGCCCUCUUUCGGUCUGGGUCGCAUCCUGUACGUCCUGCUCGAGCAUAAUUUCUGGGCGCGUGAGCAAGAUGUCGAACGUGGCGUGCUCUCCUUGCCACCGGUGGUCGCGCCGACCAAGGUGCUGAUCGUGCCAUUGAGCGCGAAAGAGGAAUUCGACCCGCUGAUCCAGGAAGUUUCUUCGAAGCUGCGCAGGGCCGGCGUGUUCUCACGCGUGGACGACUCGAACACAUCGAUCGGGAAGCGCUACGCGCGUAACGACGAACUCGGCACCCCGUUCGGUGUCACGCUGGACUUUGCAUCGGUCCAGAAUCGCACGAUGACGCUUCGCGAGCGCGACACCACGGGUCAGCUGAUCGGCAAUAUCGACGAAGUUAUCGGCAUCGUCACAGAACUCGUUGACGGGUCCAUCGACUGGGCCGAGGCGUGUCGGAGACUGCCCGCAUAUGACGGUGUCCAAGCCGUCGAGUAAAGCUGCAGCCGUCAGCGUCCUCGGAGGACCAAGAUUCCCUGGGGUGCGUCAAGGGCCCUCUCGAGCCGUGCGGGGGGAGUGAGGCUGGGACGGGAACGCGUCUUUGUUCGGCAGGGCCACACAUACAUACAUGAUUAACUUACAGGAGUGCUGGGAGGUAGAAGCCAAAAAGCAGAAUAGAAGUCAGAAGUUUCCGGCG